GAUUGCAUUUAGAUGAUGGAGUGAAUAUUUUGCGCCAACAUUUCUGAUCACAAACUCCCUCAUAACUAAUGCAAUCCUAAACGUUUAUGUAAAAGGUUUUCAUACAAUCUAAUAAAAUAUGACAAUGAUUAAACAAAUAUGAAUUAUGAAAAUCUGAUAUCAGUAAUUGUAGUUAAUUAUUUCUAUGUACAUUGAUUUUCUUUUUAACCGUUAUAUCUGAAAAAAUUUGUACAAACCAAUUUGGAAGAGUUUCAAACCUGCCGCCUCCUUAUCUCUGGUUUUUAGUAAAGAAUCUAUGGGCCAACCACACUACUUAUGUAGAAUCAAUUAUUUAUUAGUUUUUAACUAGAUUCAAAGAAAAUUUAAAAACAAUUUGAAAACCUUGAAACAUACGUGGGAAUGUUUUUAUAAAAAAUCUAUGAAAGAAUCGUAAUAAUUUAGGGUUCAAUUAUUUAGAUUAAGAAAUAUCUCAACAAUCUGAUCGGCAUUAGUAAAGAAACUAUGAACAGCAUUGAGGGACUAGAAAAGAUUAACGAGAUGGUUGCUGAUUAUAGAUCCUUCCACAGUGACCCGUGAAAGAACUUGGUGGAGAUGAUGUGGCUGCUGGAGCAACAAGAGUACCUUCAGAUUCAUCAUGAAGGAGCUUGAGGAAAUCAAUAGGAUUUUCAUCCAAAAGAACAAGGAUCUGGAUACGAGUGAGCCCUUAUGAACCAUUCCAUUUGAUGAUGGAAGAAGAGGAGUUUUGGAACCAUGGAAGAGGCUAUGUGUCCGGCCCUGCAACAUUUUGUGAGUGCAUCCCCAAUAUGUUUCAGCAAUAGAUUUGAUGACGACUACGUUGGGCGUCAAUUGACAGCUGCAGUAGUGGAGGCUGCCAUGGAAAAAAUAAAGGCCGAAGUUUACACGCCGCUUUCUCAAAAAUCAGGAAAGAAAAUAAGGAAGAAGAGGAUAGCGACCCAGCUCCCCAUACGUGCUCGAUUUGUUUGGAGGAUUUUUUUUGCCAAGCAAGAGCUUUUGAGUCUUCCAUGCAACGAUAAAUUUCAUUCCGAGUGUUUAAUGCCAUGGAUUAAACGGCAGGGGCAGUGUCCUGUGUGCAGGUUGGAUCUCACUGGAAGGCCCGCUUCAGUAAAUAAUCUUAAUCAACCCCAAAAUUUGAAUGCAAAUGUAGGAGAUGAAAUGGCGCUGAUUAUAAGAGUCAUGGAAGAGGUUUUUGCUUGGCUUCAUCCAUAUCCGCGUUAACCUCAUUGCAAAUAGCUGAAAAGAUAGAUUAUGGGUGUCCGUUUGUCUAAUCUUGAACUAGUGUUGAUCUAGGUGUUAGAUUGUAAAAGUUAUCUUUUAAUUAUUGAAUCUUUUAUA